GUUGCAUUUGGAACGUUCAGACUUCAAAGCUUUAAGGCGUUACAUUUGGAUGGAAAUCUUCAAAUAUGCACAAGGACACUAGCUAGUGGAUUCAAUUAAUGUGAGUUUUUCGGUCCUGUCCAUGAUUUUUUAUCGAUGUAAAGUCAGCUGACUUCCAAUUGGUCGAUGCUUUCGCCUUUCCGGUCACGUUCAAUUCCGCGUAGGUAAGAUGGCAGUCAGAAGUCUCACUUUAGAAGAAACGCUGUGGCGUCCCAAAUGUGAAGAAAUAAUCUAGGUCUCUUGCGAACGUGCCACACCCUCUUUGUUACUCUCUUUGUGUACCAACGUGAAGACCAUGGCGGCCACCGACGCGAAACGUUUUGUUGCCCACCCUUGUCUCCCAGAUCAACUUCUAGAUGCUCUCAAGUCCACAAGGAAGACCAGCUAUGACAAAUCCAACAUCUGGGCCGUGCCUUUGGAGGAUUGGCGUGUAAAGACCCUAAGUAACGCGAUAUUUUGCAAUGACGUUGCCGAAGAGGUCAUUGCAAGUGUUCGUAAAAGACGCGGCGAUACAUUCAGCGAUGCUAUCAAGCUUGGUGCCUCAGGUCAAACGUAUCUUCAUAUCGCCGCCAUUGAUGGUGACCUCGCCCUGGCAUACGAAUGUAUACGAUUGGGUGUUGGGAUCGAUAAUCGUGAUAGCGAGGGGAGAACCGCACUUCUCUUAGCCUGCGAGAGUGGGUUCCUCGCGUCGACAAGUCAGAACGCGAAAGAUCCAAAGUUGACCGGCCUCGCUGUAGGAUGUUCUGAGGUGGCUGGAGUGCUUGUUCGUCAACAGGCGGAUGUGAACUUCACGGUUCGCGACAUGACGCCCCUGCGCUACGCCGUCAGGGCGAAAGCUUGGAAACACAUCGAGACCCUUCUUGAACACGGGGCAGACCCACGGCCCGGUGGUCGAGAUUUGUCGACUUCAUUCUCCAACUCAGAUGACAGAUCGAAGUUCAAUACAUUGGUCCAAAAGCACGCCUCUAAACCCCGCCCACCACGCCGUUGCCCGUGCUGGUCUGGUGCAUGGCUCUCUGAAUGCCAUACCGUUGACGAUUUUCCGUAUCCUCUCAACUUUCUCUGCAGGUGCAAUUCAGGCAAAAUCCAAUGGAGAUGUUGCGUUCGUCGGGGGAUCGGUUCCUAUGAGAGGUGGGAUGAGAAGGAACAGCGCCUUAUGGUUAAGGUGUUGAAACCAGAGAUCAAGUUCGAGCUUCCGGAGCAGAGUCUUGCUGUUACACACGCAGCGCUGCUUGACUAUGCAAUGAAGCAAAAUCCGAAGACUUUAUGGACAAGUCCGAUGCUAAAGGCGUACGCUCGGCAGAUGCACCUUAUUACGGAGACAAUGGUCGAGGAGGGUCGAGCGGAUCCCGCCUAUUGCUUUGCAGCUAGGUGUCUUCCCUUCCUCGUAUUCCCCUUUGAUCGCGAGUUCUGUGAACCCAGGAACAAUGUUCACGUCAACAAAUGGAAUGAUGCCAUCGAUCUAUAUUAUUUCUCCCAGAAGGAUAAACGUCCAAAGUUGCAGCUGGAACAGGCGGGCAAGGUCGACAUGGAUGGUGGCCCUAUGUUCAGACGAUGUGAGUCGUACAGAUGUCUCAAUGUAGAGUCACCUACGCGACCAAAGUACAAGCGUUGCUCGCAGUGUCAACGUAUUUUCUAUUGUAGUCCGGCGUGCCAGAAGGUCGAUUGGAACGUCCACAAAGUAACGUGCCAAGAGCGCACUCAUUCUCCGCAGAAGCUGUACUCUCAAGUAGCUAUCAUCAAGGCGUUGUACGACACCAGAUUGGAAUGUCUUCAUCGUAUUCAACAGUUGAAUGACGUCAAGGACGCCUUUACCGGAGAUAUGAUGGAUGCCGCUGGGGUUUGGAUGGCGAUGCCGAGUCCGACGUACGACGAUGGUAACGAAUAUGUCAAAUAUAUCAACGUCGAGGAAGCUUUGACCUUCAAGGUCCCACAGCGCUAUACUUAACACAUAUUUUAAUCACACUCCACUUUUGAACUCAACUGGUAUUCAUACAUUGCUUCGCGCACUCUACCCCUUCUAUGGUAUAUCGUACAGUAGUGAUGAUAUAAAUACAAUGUCCAUGGUUGUGUGUCAUGUCAAGCCCUGCCUGAAUUCCCUUAUCUUGCAAAAAUGAAUCAUGAAAUAGUCA